ACAACUAAGUGAUAUAUUUAAAAAAAAAAUUAUUUCUGUGCGACGCUUUUAAUUUGUAAAUAAUAAUAUCUAUAUGUAUAGAGUGUUAUGAUGAACGAUUUAUAUUAUUCAGUUAUGGGCCAUCAUAACCAUUUUCCUCGAGGAUCUAAGGAAUUUUAUUCUCCUAAUUACCACAACUUUAACCCCGAUUCUGGCAAUUGUUAUCGCAAUAUUCCUAAUUUUAUGGUGGAUUCGCCUCCUAUAAAUGGAAUGUUGGGAUCACCUCAAAACGAUAUCUAUGGUAGAAUGGCUCCAUUUUAUCCUUAUUAUCAAUCGUAUUCGCCUUACAAUCACCCCCAAGCUAUGUUUUAUUGCCAUCCUGAUCCUAAUCCUAAAUAUCUAAAUACUGGGCAGAGUAUCAACAAUAAUCUUCAUCAUGGUCAUUGUGUAAAUGACAAUGCUUUCCAGAAAUACUCUAGAAAAUCGCGAAAAAAUCAAUUUCCCCUCAAAGAUUUUAGGAACCGGAACGUUUUAGAUUUCCAAAAGAUGGUGGAGUCAGACAUCUAUAAACACGAUAUCCAGCCUACACAUGAAACGACUCAGGAUGCUAAAGAAAUAGAUCAUUUUUCUUCCCAUUAUGGUGGUCCUACUUCGCUCUCAUUCCCCAUGGAACAACAUUUCCCAUAUACCUCCAAUAAUCCCUUAUAUUAUGGCGCUAAAAACACUAUUUUGAUGACAGAUAGCCUAGCAAUUCCGACCGAAGCAUUGCCACACAAACCUUUUGACAAAACGUCUGGCCUUAAAAGGGCCCUUUCUUCCUCGUUUUCCGAUUAUUCCAUAUCAUCGCUUCUUCCUACAGCUACCGAUAAAGGUAGUACGUUGAAAUGCACGCAAGAACCAACCUCGUUAUACCCUCAAGUUAUAGCUAUAUCGAAAGAUCUCUACAAUCCUGAAAUAAAAUCUCAAGAAAACAUCUCGUCAGUUCCCACAUCUAUUUAUCCAAAUUACGUAGCACCCAAUCAUCACGUAAGAAAUUAUCCGCCGACAAUGGAUCCGAGACAUUUGAUUCCCCCACACCAAAACCCUUAUUGGUAUUAUUUUCAGCCAUCGCCUCCGCCUUUAAACCAUUAUCGUGAUAAUAAUAACCAUUUUGAUCCCAAUAAUCAAAUCAUAAAUACUCCCCCCAGUCACAUUCAGCAUAAUCCGUUUUUAGUACAUCCCCCUCCAUUUUUAAACAUAAGUGACGUUAAAAACCACGACUCUAGGGACAGCUCACAGGAUUCAUGGAGACUCUCUAUAGAAGACUGGUUUUGCCAGCGCAAGAGCCGUUCUUCAUCCCUGCUUAGACUCUACGCCGGAGGGAACGGAAGAUUUUCAUCUUUCGAUUCAUUCUCCUCCUUCCGAUCCUUCGGGUCUUUGCCACUCGACAUCAAUAACUAUUCCGAUACCGGUGCAAUGCAUUUGAUGCAACAACAACAUCGUAAUUAUUUAAAUCAUAAUAAUAAUUAUCCUUUGGGAUUCAUUCCGGCAAAUUUCCACCAAAAGCGUGAAGUUUGUUGUGGUGACUACGGAGCCGAAAAUAAUAUGCUAAACGAUCACGUGAUAAAAAUCGACGAGGACAUCGCAAGGACUCGGGGAAUGGAAAGUGAAAAUGAAAAUUCAAUCCCUCAAACGACAUCUAUACAGCCUCGUUCUUUCAAAAAUUCUUUGACUAAUAUAGAAAUCGAUAAAUCUUUCAAUCCACAUAAUCCAGUGGAUGUUUCACCGUUACCUAAACAAACCGAACAAGAAAACGUGAUAACUUCUUCAAAGGAUCCUUCUAGAAAUAAAUUCUUUACCUUUAAACGGGAUUUAUUGGGAAAAUUGAGAAGUAAAAAAAAGGAAAAGAUGGAGACCAAACUAAAUAUCGAUAGUUCGAAUGGUGGUGGCAAGAGAGCUAAAGUAGCAAUAGAUACCACAAAAUCUAUCAAAAAGGAAUUGACAAAAGAAUGCCCCCUUACUAUAAAAUAUCCAGACGAGAAUGAUUUCGCCGAAAGAAAAUGCUGCUGGGAACGUUGCGAAACCAUUUUCUUCAGAUUGGACCAUUUCGUUCACCACAUAAACGAAUACCACAUCAGGAUGAACAAAAACAAGAAUUUUGUGUGCCUUUGGCUAGAUUGCGAGAGGGGUAGAAAACCUUUCAAAGCUCAAUACAUGUUAAUCGUGCAUAUGAGGAAACACACUGGCGAAAAGCCCCAUAAAUGUUCGUUUCCAAAUUGUUCUAAGGCAUAUUCACGACUCGAAAACUUGAAAACCCAUAUUAGAUCGCAUACCGGAGAAAAACCAUAUCAUUGCGAAGUGGAAGGUUGUGUCAAAGCCUUUACCAACGCAUCUGAUAGAGCUAAACAUCAAAAUAGAACACAUUCUACCGCUAAACCCUAUGCUUGUCAAAUCCAAGGUUGCGAUAAACGGUACACAGAUCCUAGUUCUUUGAGGAAACAUAUCAAGACUAUCCAUGGGUUAGAAAUUCUAAAGAGCAAAAAAUUUAAAGGCUUUGAUGAUUCCAAUUACGAUUUACAAUUAAAUCAUCCGACAAAUUCGAUGGAAAUGGAUAUUGUCAAAAAACAUCACGUGCCACAUAAUUUUGACACAGACCAAUGUCGACCCGAUUUUCAAAGUGAAUACGAUCAAAGGGACUUAGAAUCGCGGCGGGUUCCAUUUUACUUUAACAUGGACGACCAAUCGAUGAUUAAACAUCAAUAUAAGAUUAAAAACACGCGGAAGUUUUCGAAAAGUUCGUCUAUUUCUUCCACCGAAUCUCUAAACAAUAAUAAGAUGCGCCGAAAUAGUUUUAAACAUUCGUUGACUCGCCAAAAAUCAAUAGGACAUCCACAUCCUUACAAAAUCAAGGACGAUAACUAUAAUAUAUCCAACACUCAAGGCGUUUCGAAUCAUGAUUAUAGCAUAAAAACAAAUGAAGCUGUAAAAUGUAAUGACAAUAAAAUUCGAAGUGACCGUCAAAUGAAUGGAGGAAUAUCGCAUUUGAAAAAACAAAUCAAAUAUAAACUCAAAAAUUUCGUUUCCCAAAACGUGCUUUUAAAGAGCCUAUCUAACCUGAGCCUCACGAAUGAUAAUUUAACAUGAAUAGGAUGAAAUUAUGUGUAUAAAUCAUUCAAAUUAAUUUAUAAAAAAUAAUUGUUAAUGCUUAAAUUAUAAUACUCAGAUAAAUGUAAUUAUAAAAAAUUAUAUUAUCUUUAACAAUUAAAUUUUAACCUUCUUAUAUAAAUGAG